UGUGCACAUGUGGAGGAGCGGCGGCAGCCCCAGCCCCAGGGCAGCGGCCUGAGACGCCCUCUAAGGCCGCGGUGGUCCCUAGCGAAUCGUGCCCGGCCUCCAGCCCGGAGGCGGUGGCGGCAACGGCUGAGGAGGCGGAGGCCGGUGUGUGGAGUAGGGUCGCUCCCGGGCUCGGGGCGCGGCGGCGGCGACGGCGGCGGGAUCGGCGGUAAAGACGGCCACGGCAGGCGGGGAAGAUGAAAGGUAGCCGGAUCGAGCUGGGAGACGUGACACCACACAACAUUAAGCAGUUGAAGAGGUUAAACCAGGUCAUCUUUCCAGUCAGCUACAAUGACAAAUUCUACAAGGAUGUGCUGGAGGUUGGCGAACUAGCAAAACUUGCUUAUUUCAAUGAUAUUGCAGUGGGCGCAGUAUGCUGUAGGGUGGAUCAUUCACAGAAUCAGAAAAGACUUUACAUCAUGACACUAGGAUGUCUGGCACCUUACCGAAGGCUAGGAAUAGGAACUAAAAUGUUGAAUCAUGUCUUAAACAUCUGUGAAAAAGAUGGCACUUUUGAUAACAUCUAUCUACAUGUCCAGAUCAGCAAUGAGUCAGCAAUUGACUUCUACAGGAAAUUUGGCUUUGAGAUCAUUGAGACGAAGAAAAACUAUUACAAGAGGAUAGAACCGGCGGAUGCUCAUGUGCUACAGAAAAACCUCAAAGUUCCUUCUCUUGGCCAGAAUGCAGAUGUGCAAAAGACCGACAACUGAACAAAUUACGAAUGAACUUUCUUGCACUUGCUUGUCGCCAAAUAAAAGAGAGGCCCUUUGAUUUCUCUUCCCUCUUCCCCCUUUUAAAAUCUUUUUUUCCCCCCCUUCUUAACCUUAUUUCUCUUUCUCUCCUUUGUUCCUUUCCCUCCAAAAAUUUUAAUACUUCUUCCAAGGACUGUAAAAUUAA